AUGACUCUGGCUCCAGAUACCACGUUCGUUCGGGGUUUCAUGCUGCUGCUUCUGCUUCCACUUUCUCUCAUAGAUCCUCACUCACUUUGCUACAAUUUCACCAUCAUGUUGAAGUCCCCACCUGGGCAGCCAUGGUGUGAAGUUCAAGGCCAGGUGGAUGGAAGGACUUUCCUUCAUUGUGACUCUCCUCUCCCCCUGCAGGCCAAGAUGUGUUGUCAGCAGGAAGCAGGCAGGCGCACUGGAGCAUCCUGGCAAUUUGGCUUUGGCAGACAGAUGUUCCUCCUCUAUGACUCAGAGAAUAUGAAGUGGACAGAGGUUCAUCCUGGAGGCAGACAGAUGAGAGAGGAGUGGGAGAAGGACACGGACGUGACCAAGUUCUUCAGGAGAACCUCAGAGGGAGACUGCAAUCACUGGCUUAAGAAGUUCUGGGGGCACUGGGAGAAGAUGCUGGUGCCAGCAGGUAACUAA